GCCCGGCUUUGUCCGGGCUAUGGGAGAGGGGGGUGACUGCAUCCCUAUGGAGGAGUGUCCCCAUUCCAGUGCCCGGGAUAUGGAUCCAUGGGGAUCGGAGGAGCCGGAGGAGCCGGAGCUGUUUGGGGCCGAGGGGGAGGACGAGGACCCCGAUCCCACCGGGAUGCGGACCCCCCAGAGCCCCAUUCCCAAGGACCCCAUUGAGGACGCUCCCAAUGGGACCCAACGGGAUCCGAUGCCCUGGACCACACUUCACAGCCGCGAGCAUCCGGUUGCCACGGCAACCAAGAGCAUCCUGGGAAUCUCCUUGGAAUUCCAAUGCUUGGAAUGUGGGAAGAGCUUCUCCUGCAGCUCCCACUUCAACAAGCACCGGAGGAUCCAUACGGGAGAGAAGCCAUUCCCAUGCCUCCAUUGUGGGAAGAGCUUCAACGUCAGCUCCAACCUCUACCGCCACCAACGUUCCCACUCUUCCCAAUCCCCAUCCCAUGGGAUCCGUCGGGAUCGAUCCCCCUUCCGAUGCUCGGAGUGUGGGAAGAGCUUCCCAUGGAGCUCCCACUUCCAUCGGCACCAACGCAUCCAUACGGGAGAGAAGCCCUUUGUGUGUCCGGAAUGUGGGAAGCGCUUCGGACGCAGCUCCCACCUCUACCGGCACCAACGCACCCAUUCCGGAGGCCGAUCCUAUAUCUGCACCUAUUGUGGGCAUUCCUUUGGGAGCAUCCCGCACUUCCAGCGCCAUCAGCGCACCCAUAGGGGGCAGCGGCCCUAUAAGUGCUCCCUAUGCCGGAAAGCCUUUGGGGAUGCUCCCACGUUGAUCCAACACCAGCGCCUCCAUCUGGUCGGGAAUACCGGGAAUGCCGACGGGAAUGGGAAGCCCUUCCAAUGUGGGGCCUGUGGGAAGAGCUUCUCCUGGAGCUCCCAUUGGCAGCGGCACCAACGCAUCCAUACGGGAGAGCGACCCUAUGAGUGCCGGGAUUGUGGGAAGCGCUUCGGGAGGACCUCGCACCUCUACCGGCACCAACGGAUCCACGAUGGAGGUCGGCCCCAUAUCUGUGGGGAAUGUGGGAAGAGCUUCAAUAGCACCGUCCACUUCCAGAAGCACCAACGGGGCCAUUCCCGACCUCGGGAAUGCCGGAAGAGCCCCAGUGAUGGAGCUGCUUUAUCCCAGCGAUCCCGGAUCCGUCGGGAUGGGGAGAGCUUCGGGAUCCGUCGGCACUUGGGGGGUCGUGGGGAGGAGGGGGGGGAGGAGGCUAUGGAGAUGCGGGAUCCCAUUGGGAAUAGGGAGGAGGUGACCCCCAUCCAUGGGCAUGGUGGGAUCCCAUUGGGAAUAGGGAGGAGGUGA